AUGGGCUUGGUGGCGGUGUUGGUGGUGUUGGUGACUGUGUUGGUGUCGGUGUCGGGGCCGUGGGGGCACAGACCGCCGCCCGGCCCCGCUGACCGCCUCUCCCCGCUGUCUUCCCCAGGAGAGCCCCGGGCGCGCCCCGCAGGCCCCGGCGCGGGGCGAGAGGGAGGCCGGCGCAAGAGAACCACGUUCAGCAAGGCACAACUGGAGCUGCUGGUCCGCGCCUUCGAGAAGGAGCCGUACCCCGGCAUCGCCCUGCGGGAGCAGCUCUCCGACCUCACGAACAUCCCCGAGUCCCGGAUCCAGGUGUGGUUCCAGAACAGGAGAGCCCGGCAGCUGAACCAUAAGAAGAGCGAAACUGCAGCCUACCCCAGGCCGGGCAAGGCAAAGCCGGCUCAGUUCGGCGGCCAGGAGCGGCCACAGCAGGGUCCCGCGGCGGAGCGGAGCCUCCUGUGCCCGCAGCCAGGCCUGCCAGGAGCGAGCCAGAGCUACUGCGGGCAGCCGUCGUCCUACUCGGGACAGCCGUACUCAAGGCUCGACAUGCAUUUCAGGAGCUUGGAUAACACUUUUGGAGCCCUGGGUCAGACCCCAGCUCAUUUCGGUUUGGACUGCGUGGGAAAAGGGGUCCCACUAGGUGCGGGAAGCAUGGGGAACCCCCCUCAGUUCUCGUUUCCUGUGCAGCAGGCACAGGACUAUCCGCACCUGAAGAAAUCUUUCCCUGAAAGCUACUACUCAGAUGCGGAUGUUUUCCAGACUUACCUGGAAGAUCACCAGUACCCGGCAGCUAAAGAGAACGUGUACAGGAGGCCUGUCGUAAACUACAUCAAUGCUAACCAGGGCCUGGGUGUUGAGAACUAUUCGUAUAUCAAGUCAAACACUUCUCCCUUUGCAAAGGGCUUCACUUUCAGUUACGGUGAGGGGGAACCUAAGCUUGAGCCGGAGCAGAUGAGGCACAGUUCACCUCUGCUUGCGGCUAGUAAUGCUAGUCCUCCUUUGGUCCUUCCAAAACAUGAAGGGGGUUAUCAAGGGGCACUUGCCACUCCAGCCACACCAUAUGGGCAGCAGCUGCUGGAGACAGUAAAUGACUAUGACACUCCUUGGCUGGGCAUGAGAAAUGAGAUUUUGGGAACAGGGCUAGAUGCACUGUUUGAGAAUGAGCAAAAUGCAGAGCAAGGUGAGCAAAAAAGUUUCCUGUUUGCUUUUGGUGGCCAAGGUUCAACCUGUCAUUUGGGUCACACAUGAAACUGGCAUGCUUGCCUGACGAAAAAUUGUGGUUUUUUGUUCAAUUGGCAGGGUUGUCGUAAGUGGCUAGAGGUUUUGCAAGUCUGAGUGUGGAGUGCUUGCUCUGAGUUUUGUGCCUUGGCUGGAAGGGAAAGAAAGAUAAGUCACAUUAGUAAGGGCUACAGGAGAAUAACCUGCCAAAUGUGUCCCCUCCCAGGGGAACAGUCACCAAGCUGCUUGCAGUAUUCCUGCACGUUGGGUUAUUGGCAGCCUCAUGUUAACUCGCAUGCACAUCCUGAUCUUCUCAAGUAUGUCAGUACUGAGGAUUUUUCUAUGUUCAGAUUGUGCUGGAUUAAUUCUGCCAGGAGGAUUGGGACUAUGGCGUUGCUUUUGUGGCCUCACUGCACUGAGUUUUGUUUCUAUUCUGGUCAUAAUUCACUUACUUUAAUUUGAGAAAUCUGUAGAAAACAGACUUAUUUAUAGCUUUUAGUGGAGAAAGCAUUAACAUGAGAACGGGAUAAGCAUGGGAAAACCAGCAUUGGUGGUGGCAGGGGACAGCUCACUGGGUGUGCUCCUGAUAAAGAACACAGAUGUGUUUUCCUGGAUACUUAAUGUGUAAUGUUUCCAUUUAAAAAUGACCAUACUUGUAGCCUUUUAAAGGGCAGUAUUUUUGUGAUUUCCUUUCGUAUAACUUGUUUGCAAGUUUUCUUUUUUGUUGUUGUUGUUUUCAAAUUGUAAUUUUCUAUUUGCCAAAUGAAGGGUUUCUACUGUCAUGAACUUGUAGAAUUGCACUCAGAGGAGAGGAAAAAACAUUAAUUUUAUCUUUGCAUUUGCACACUGAGCCUGUUUUCAGAAUACUCAAGAUGCAUGGCUGUCUGGAAGACCACUGUAAUCAUGGAAGUGUUCUUCACGUGUGUCUCAGGAUACUGCCAUGCUUUCAUGUUUAAGAAGUAUCAGACCUACAAUGCUGAAAACUCUACAAGCAAAUCCUUUUUUGUGUUUAAAAUGUGGCUCUUUUAUAUUUUAAGUAUGCCUAGAUCUUAAUACAUAUGUUAUUAACUUAAUUACUUUGUUUAUAGUGCAAAAGAACAAUGAAAAUAAAGUUAAUCACAGACCAUUAUUUUAUUAAUAAAGUUGAUAUCCCUGAA